GUUUAUUUGUCUGCUGAUUAGUGCUGAUGUGCUGGUUGGUGGAGCUUUUUAUUUUUGUGCUUUGUGAAUUAUAAAUUUUAAAUCUACUUUAAUUAAAAAUACGUACAAAUUGUAUAAAACGUUUAAAGAAAUUGGUCAGAACUUGUAAUUCUUCUUGAGAAUAACUGAGCUGGUGAUCAAGUUAAUAUGGCUACAGCAUUACCACCCAAACAGGAGGUGACUCCAUCAUCAUCGAGCAAGAAGAAAUCGAAAAAGAAAGAACCGCCCCCAAAGGAGUUUACCUUGCCGGAAAUGGAGGAAGAUUUGGACCUCGUUCAAUACAUUCUCCGCGCAAUCGGUGUCACCCAAGCUAUUCAACACAUGGGAACUAUUCGUUCCUUGGAGCGCAACCGUGCAGCGUUCAAGAAUGGCGAUAUUCUUCUCGACGUUGAACCAGGAGGAAGUAAGCCGCUAAAAAGUUCAGAUGUGCACAAAGAGUCAGCAUACAAGCCGUUUACAGCUACCAAGAUUUGUACUGAAGACGUAUUUCGCCUCGGUUACGGCGACCCACUGAUCCCUUUGCUCCCUCCAGAUGAAGUGGAAGCUCUGAAAGUGUAUGAUUUCAGGAACAUUCGCGCAUUCAUGGAAGCGUGGAAGGUUAAGGAAGCGGUUGAAAAAUUAAUGAAAGACGACCCCGUAUCUGGACCUAAUGUUCAGCCAAUUGCUUCUAACGAUCUGAAAGAGAGUGUAUACUGGGCGAUAACUUUCAUUGAUAAGACGAGAGCGCUUAUUGCCGGGAUUUUAGGUAGUGCGCCUCGUCUGGAGAAAGCGGGGGUCAAAUAUUGGGUUCUUCCCACGGGUGACAAGGUUCCAGUUGCAUCUUUGCGAGCCACAAUCUUGGAAACGGUUCCAACCCACAUCUUCAGUGUAUCUAUGGGAGUUAAUUUUGAGUCGGAAAAAUAUAAUCCAGAACCUGAUGACCCCGUGGUAAAUUUUGACCGGUAUGUAAAGAAGAGGCACAUGGCAACUUUUGUGACAGGGGACCGUUUGGUGAUUCGCCACCACGUCAUCUCCGCCGUACUGCCGGAUGGCUCGGUGUACAUUGUGGAUCCGACGGGGCGGGUGUUUGGGUACAAAGGAUGUAAAGGGAGUCUCGUCGUGUAUAACAGCGAGGAAGAAUACAAAGCACAAUUUCCUGGGACGGUGGAUCCCGGACCGUUGGUGCACAUGGGGGUCAAGAAAUACUCGAAGAAGUAUAAAGAGGGUGCCGAAGCAUUUAUCCUCGAGCUAAAACGUCUUCUUGUGAAGUAUAUAAGCAACCGAAUCUGCGCCCAUUGCGGACUAAUUGAUGGUAUCCAUCCAAUCCAAAUCAAAGUACGCCCUCCUGGUGAAGGAUAUGACGUUGGUGUCGAAGAGGAAUCUUGCGAUGUUUCUCGUUGCGGUGGUUGCAGGAAGGUCGGUUAUUGUAGUGCUUAUUGUCAACGUCGGGACUGGAAGUAUCAUAAGCUAGUGUGUACGAAAGAAGGAGCACAAGGAGAAGAGCAAGAGGAAGAAAGUACACUUAGUACACAGUCCUAAAGUCCCAAUGUGUUCCGCCAAUUAUAUCUAUGGAAGGUUUUGAAUCCGAUUAAAUCUAGGGAUUUGGUCAUUCUAAUUUUACUCCAUUUUUUGUAUAAAAAUUCGAAUACGAUUCGUUUAUUGAUUUUAUAAUGAUUCUCCUUAGCAAGUAAUUUAUUUUUCUACAUGUAUUUUUCAGUAUUCCUCAAGUAUGCGAAUGUAAAAGAAGUAUUUUCCACUGUGAUUUAUAUUGCCUUAAUUAAAAGUUUUUGGCAAGUGUGUUCAUAUAAUCCAUUAUGUAUGCAACAUAUUUAGUACGUACAACUUACUGGUCGAAAUUUAAUAUGCAUAGUUUCUCACUGAAGGUGUUAAACGGCUGAAAGAAGUGAAGCUAGAGUUUAAUUAAUUUGUCAAUUUGGUCCAAAAAUUCGUCCAGCGUUUCGUUUAAAAUAUUAAUUAUUGGAAAAAUUUAGUUAACAAUUACCUUAAUGUGUCUGUAGGACUCUCAAGUUUACUCUUUUUACAUAUAUUUUUGUAUGUAUGUAGAGUACAAUGGUCUGCAUCUUUGUAUCCACUUUUCUAUGCGUGCAGGUCGAUUAGUUACGGUGUGAGAUGAUGAUGAUGCAUCACAAACGGAUCGGAAGGCGACAGAUUGAGAUCACUUUGGUAUCAUUAACUUUUUCGUCGCGUUGGGUGCAGUGAGGGGCGAUCGGAUACGGUAAUUAAUCUAGGAUUGGAAAAUAUGUACUUGUGGCUUCUGCUUUUAUUUUCGAUUUUGUCUCAUCAGUUGAAAUCCACCCUUCACACGGAAAGGAAUGCAUAAAUAGCAUAGUUGUUUUUCUUGGGUAAAAAACAUGCGAACAAUUUGCCAAACAUUUAACCAAUAAGCCAUCUAGUUUUCUGAAAAUGUCCGCUGGUGGUGGGGGUGUGUCUGUUGGGGACGACGCCAGUGUGGUGGGAGGAGGUCUCUGUGUCUUCGGUUGUGCAACCAUCCUCUCAGGCUUUGGAGCUCUUGCAGCCCUUGUUGGGUUUGAUUUAGGUCCCGAAUCCGCAUUUUUUGCGAUCAAUGGAUUAGGUGCGAUUUGUUUUGCAAAGUGCCAAUAUUUAAGGCUUGGAUUGCAAAGACUUGGCCUAAUCAGUAGCAGGAGGGAUGAUGUUGUGAGGAGAGAUGAGAUUGAAAACAGGGAAGAUCCUGAACAAGACCUUUUCAACCGGAAGCGGAAAUGGUGGUGGGUUUCUCAGAAUGUCACCAUGUCGGCCUUGUUGCCAAAAACACGGAAAAAGGUACACCUACAGAAUAAGAAGAAGUGGUGGAAGGACAAACUCGGAUUUCCUGGUGUAUCUUGGGUUUCAUAGAAAUUAAAGAAUACAUAGUCAUAAAACAUAAUCAUGUGCAAUAUUUAAAGAAAUUAGUGGAGAGCCUUAUGAAUGCGUAUGUAUUACGUAUGCAUAGUGAUUUGUAGUAAUUAUUUAUUAUUCCUAAUUGUAGAAAAUUCAUAUUGAAAAAUUUGGGUGCUGUGUUCCUCAAUUAACAAGGGCUACGUACAUUGGGGCACAUGCAAAUGUUCCCACUAUUUACUUAUCUAAAUAAUCUAAUUUGCAUUGCUUUCAAUAUGUUAGAUGUGAUGUGGGAUCAUUUGCAUAUGUAGUGUUUGAUAGGAAUUUGACAAGUAGAUUUGGAGCUGAAUGUACUUAAUAUGUAUGUAUUUAUUUCAUAGUUGUAUUAUGGAUAAGUUUAUUUUUGCCUUAAGCUUGCCUAAAGUCGGUUGAAGGUUCCUAUCUCACUUUUUGGUCAUGUCAGCCGUCUCAAGAAGCGGAAGACAUCAUACUAUGUAUGUAUUUAUGUGCCUUUAAGGACAAUAUUUUAAGAAUUUUGUGUUAAGAAUAAAUAAUUAUAUACCUGGG